AUGUUUGUUUGCCCAGCUUGUGCCUGCAGCAUGCAGAAUCGUAAAGGCCACAUGGCGCAUUGCUGCCCAGACCUCUUAGAUCCCGAGGCAUGGGCAACCUUCGGACGUGCGUAUGUCAAGGACGGCCUGGCGACCCAAAGCCUCGAUGAGAGUGUGCAAUGCAUCAUCGAGCUCCGCUUUGGCCUCCAGGCCGCUGGCUCGGAACCGCUUCUCCCAAAGGAGAUUGCUAGCAAGCUGGGUGUGAAGCUGCAUCACGUGGUCAAAACUAUUCAGGAGACACUUCGACGCCUUCCGCUGGUAGCGGAUCCGGAUGCUCUGGAAGUUUUGAUGGAAGAUGAUGAGCUGCUGGUUGUUGCAAAGCCAGCAGGCCUGCCGGUGUCGCCGGGGAACCGCUAUCGUGGUGGCGCGUUGCUGAAUCAGGCUCUGUCUCAUUGUGGAUCUCUGCCGCACACAGUGCAUCGAUUGGAUUGUGACACCAGCGGGGCAAUGGUUUUGGCAAAGACGCUCAAAUGUGCACAAGAUCUUGGGGCUGCCUGCCAGCAAAUGCCUCGGGUGUGUUGUGCUUCGGUUGCCGCAGUUUGUGUCGGACCUCACACAGAAAGGGGCGAUCAGAUUGCAACCCCGACUCGGUACAUCUUCGCCCUUUUCAUGUUGACCAGCUGCGAAGAAAGUUUAACACAGUUUGAGGCUCAGUUUCGGGAGGCCCUCGUCGACAAGUUCUACUUGCUGUUGAGCGCCGUCACGGGCACCACUCCCUGGCCAGCGCUCAAGCGUUGCAAGCACAUGCAGGAGGAGUUGGAUCUGGACAUGGCAACGAACUUUUCGGUGCAUGUGCCCAUUGCUCGCCAAGAUGGUGGCUGGCACGGAGUGGCUGCUGAUGGUGCCGAGGCUCGGCAUGGCUCGGCGACGUUUGCCCAGCAAAGCCCGAUUUUAAGCAGUGAGGCCUUGACCCAGUUCGCGCUCUUGGCACGUGGGAAGCACGUGGCGCUCUUGCUGGCAAAACCAAAGACCGGCAGGCGAGGCAGGUUUGUCGUACUUUCUCGUACUUUCAUCGCAGAGAUCAUGUCAGACCUCCUGGAAGGACGCAUCAAAUCCGAGUCCAUGUGCCUAGAUGCAGGAAAUUGCAGGAAGAUGUUAAAUUAA